GUUAGUGUUAAUUCUUUGCCAUUAUUGUGUGUAUUUACAGACCCAUUUCAGAAAACAUAAAUAAAGUUUUAAUUAAAUAUUAGACGCUGUGCGUCUUUAUCAUAGUACCGAAGUACUCGUUACCUAGGAAACAAAAUUGGUUGAAAUCCGAAAUCUUCACCCACAAAGAGCCGUUUAUGCGUAGCUCAAGAGAAGACUGGGAACGACCGCAGCGUACGCACUUUCGCGAGCUUUUCAACGCCAGCCACGUUUCGCAAGCACUCCAGGGAACGUCUCCACAAAACCGCCCCUGCCUCAUGAACUACAGCCUCCCAACCAAGAAACGAUUCUACGACGUAAAAAAGAACCAGUCCCAACUGGACGAUUAUUUUUUUUGCCGACCAUAAAAAGUAAAUAAAGCAAACAUUUUUGGGCACGCUGAUCUUUCUAUCCGUGGUGUGUUUAUGACGUGUGUUGUCAAAAAGUGAAUGGUCGCACGAACCCGUAAAAACGAAUGGCGAUUUAAAUCGCAGGCGAAACGUGAUGUCGCAAGAUAAAUUAAACAAUGCCCUGGCAUCGCUGCUCACGGCCCAAUCGAGCGUGGAGCUGCACAAAAUCCUGACCGACAUACGAAAAGAUGUCGAGUGGCCCAGAAACAAAGACAACAUCACCCGCAUACGUGAGAAAAAAUCGUUGAAAUACAUUGUGGCAAGUUUGAAUUCGCAGCAGAGGAACGUGCUGAACGUGUCCCUGAGCAUUUUGGGCAACUGUCUCAUGGACAGGGACUGUUCCAGGGAUGCUGUGGGCCACUACAACAUUCUUAUGCACAUCAACCAGUUGCUGAAACGGUUCCCAAAGGAUGACAGUAUUAUUGGCAGGAUUUUCAGGAUUAUCGGCAACUUGUGCCAGCACAGGGACCAGUGGGCCAACAUCAUACUGGACCGAAAGCCCCAGAUUGUUACUUAUAUUGUUAAUUUUGUCACUAAAAUUUCCAAGGAUGAGUUGCCGGAGGGUGAGACGGUUUCUGAGGCCACAUCGUUGAUGGCAGUGCGAUCUCUGAGGUGUUUACUAAACAGCAGGACCAUCAUGACCCUUGUCAAGACCUUUGGAGUACUGAAAGCAGUAGGAGCUUUGUUCAUUAAGUACUGCAUCCAGUGGCAGGAGGACCGAAGCAGGGAAAACUUAUUGCACUGCAUAAUCAGACUGUUGCAGGACUAUUCCAGAUAUAAAUAUUACCAUUCCAUAAGCGAAAUGAGGAAUACAGAAAGGGGGGACGCACUGGUUUACUUAAGUAGCAUUUUAUUGUUGGCCCCCAAGCGGGUGGUCAAAAUAGUGAUGAACUUAAUUCGAAUAUGUCAACUGAAGUCUGAAUUGCCAGUCCCCGAAAUAUUCGACACGUUCCUCGACUUACUGCAAAGACAUUCCAUUGUUGAAGAGUUGAACGGUGAAUGUGUGGAAUACUUGCAGUGCCUGUGCUACCUGCUGGAGCACCCCGCAAACCGCACCACAGAACGAUGCGGCAAAUGCAUUCCGUUACUAAUAAGGUGUCUCAAGGAAUUCAAGGACCUUUCCAUCACCUCUCUGGAGUGUUGCAUCCUGCUGAUCGGCUCCCUGAACAAGUACAAAUUCGAUGAGAGGCUCAUACAGGAACAAAUUAAGGCCAACGUGCUGAACGUACUGACGGAUAAGCUGUGUUGGUUGGUGGGUAGGUCGCCACUCAAUACUGACCACAGAAACCAAAGUAAACGGCUUAAAAUAUACUUGAACAAUAUAUUUCCUUCGAAGAGGGUCAACACAUUGGCCUAUGAGGAAAUGCUGGAGCCUAGGUCAACUUAUUCUGACGACGACAUUGAUUUCGUGUCAAAGUUUGACAGGUGCCCCAGCCCUCCUAGUCCUUGUUCCAGUUCAGCCUCGGACAUAAAUUAUGCCUGUUCUUGGCCCUCUAGCAGUCCUAGUUCUGUGAAUCACUUGUCAGAUUCUGAUUCGGAUGAUUAUUCCCCAGUUUGUAGUGAGAUGGAAAUGUCUGACGUGGAAAUUGAAAGUCGUAAAGGUGAAGAAGGAGAACGGUCGCCUGACGAUGUUGACAAGGCUUCGGAAAUGUCGGAUCGUGACGAGAAAGCCACCACUUCUUGUGGCAUUGUCAUAUCAGAGUCCUUGGACAAAAGCAAGAUGACCAACUUGAAGAUAAGACUGUUUACAGAAAUCAGCAAACUGAUUAAAAUAUACGCCGAAGCCGCCACGCCAAUACCCCAGUUGGCCUCCGAGGAGUUGUUGAUGGUGUUGCUCAAGUGCUCCGGCCAUUUCCAGUGGCAGCACAACACCAACGUCAAUACGGUGGACAUAAUCUGCAAAAUAAUUAGUUGCCAUGAAUACCUAAUAGGUCUGAUGACCACCAACUUUAUCGAGACAAUACAACAGUUGACCAAACGCAGACACGGCUCGCGCUGCAUGAAAUGCGGCGACCAGUCGAUGGCGGCACGCAAGCUGUUGGCGGCGUUCACCGCGGUGGCCGAGUCGGGCAUCGGCAAGGGGGACAUAGCCCAUCAGAUGCUGCGUGGUGAUCCGGCACUUCGGAAGCAACUUGUGCUGGUACUGCCCUACAUAAUCAAGAAUCGUGCAAUACUCUCCAAACUGCUCCUGAACUGCGGCGGAUUGAAUAUUUUGCUUAAAAUGUUGCUGAACGAGGAGGAGAAGGGCAAAAGCAUUAAAGUGAUAUGUACCUUAGCCAGUAAUAAACUGUUAAUAACGAAUCCCAAAAAUUCGUUCCCCAAUCGGGACUUCAAGUUAUUCGAUGUGGACCAGUACAAAGAGCCGGACUGCAAGAACCCCGUGAUCUUAAGACUGGAGGAUGGAAGCCACAUCAAGGCUGAUAGGGAAUUUUUGAGCGAACAUUCCGACUUUUUCGGCAGGAUGUUCAACGGCUACUUCAAAGAGUCUUUGGAGGAUGAAAUUGUGCUGCAGGAAGUGAAGAUUAGGCCGUUGAAAUGUCUGUUGCAUUUAAUGCAGACUUUUAAGAAGGAUAGACAUGUAGAUAUUGACUUGGAUUUAGACACAUUGUUAGAAGUAAUUGUUUUAUGUGAUAGAUUUCUAAUGACUGAUUUAGGUUUAUCCUUGUCAGAGAGUGUAGGCAGGAAUAAGCUUACCAGCGUGACCGUUCCUCAAAUUUAUCGAUGGUCUUUGGAGUCUGGCACGAAUAUUUUGAGAGUCGAAUGUAUAGCCUAUGCACUAGUUGCUAGUUUAUCUGAAGAAAACAGACUGAAUAUGUUUGAAACGCUUUUAGAAUUAGGACGAACCGAGGAGAUUUUGGAUGACAUCCAAAAAUUAUUAACUAGGUUUCUUACAAUUAGUGGAUUUGAUGGUGAUGAUAAAUUUUUGAGGGUACAUCUAAAACGGAUGAAGGAUCACCUCAUAAAGAAUUAUUAAAUGUUUUAUUUUAAACAUAUCACAAAGUCAUUGAAUUAUUAAUUUUGAAUGUGUAAAUUUUCAAUUGAUUAUUGUUCCCCCUGAGAUUAAUUUAUUGUUUCAUUUGAAACUAACAACCUUUAAAAGUUUGUUGUUGACUAUAUAAAAUUUGUAUUAAAAUUUAAAUAAAGAAUACAAAAUGAA